AAUAUCAACGACGAACUUGAAUAAACAGUUUCCAUCUGGUUGUAUAUCGUGAAUUUUUAAACCCAACUCCUGUAAUUUAUCCUGCAAAAGUUUAUAUUCCUGCCUGCCAACAUCAACUUCUGGAAAAAUAUUAAAAAUUAAAAUCAUAAAGAUACAGUUUUUUAGAAUUUUUGGAGGAACUGAUACCUGAAUUUGAUCGUUGCUCUGAUUCCAACUGUUCCUGGUAUUGCUUUAACUUCUUUUUAAGUUUCUUCUUCUGCGAUGUACUUAACACUUGUUCGUCUUUAUAAAAAUCCAUAAAUUAUGAAUUAUAAAAUAUAAAUGAAUUAUAGUAGUUUACACCUUUCCCACAUGGUUAUAGUUAAACCACUUAAUUUUUAACUUACCCUUUUCUUCUUCCACAUUUUUUAUAAUUUAUUUAUGGAAAAAGAGCCUAAAAAGUUGGAAGAUUUGUCAAUUUUAGUAUCGACUUACAAUGAGAAGGAUAACAUCUCAUUUUUGGUGUAUUUGAUACACUAUUACCUAAAACCUCUGAACAUAAACUAUGAAAUCGUUGUUGUUGACGACAACAGCCCUGACGGAACAGCCUCGGUGGUAGAGAAACUGCAGGAAUUAUUUACAAAUGAUUUUCUGGCAAAAUAUGACUUCCCUCACAUCCCUAUGUUCAACAAACAUGGCACUGAUGGAUCCGAAAAGGAAUUUGAGAAGUUAAACACUGCAUUAGUCUCCAUGGAUAGCUUAUUAAGCCCCGAUAAUCCCAAAAAUUCAUCCAGAAGUUCCAAGUCUUCAGAUGCCAAGGAAAAAAGGAAACCACGAGAUAGAAAAUCUCCUAAGAAGGAUGAAGUUAUGGCAAAAGUUGUUGAUAGAAGUAUAAAACUGGUUAAGAGAGAAAAGAAAUUAGGUUUGGGUAGUUCCUACGUGUUUGGACUAAGCCACUGUAAGUACGAUUUUGUUUUAAUUUUGGACGCCGAUCUAUCUCACCACCCAAUGUAUAUCCCCUCUAUGCUCCGUCUACAGAAGGAAAAGGAUUUAGAUGUUGUGGUCUGUUCACGUUAUAGAAGUGAGGGAGGAGCCAGUGGCUGGCCAUUGCAACGAAUUUUUAUUUCAAAAUCAUUAAACUAUGUCUGUAAAACAUUAUUUAAUCCCGAAGUUACAGACUUAACUGGCAGUUUUAGGCUAUACAGGAAGGACGUACUGAGUAAAGUGAUAACCACAAUACACAGUAAAGGGUUUUUAUUUCAAGUUGAGAUGAUCCUAAAGUGUGAAAAGCUUUUGAACGCCAAGGUUGACGAAAUACCGAUUGUUUUUAUAGAGCGAAUAUACGGGAAAUCUAAACUUGGAUUCACUGAAAUUCUCAAAGGUUUGCUAGGAUUACUUAAAUUAACUUGGGAAUUUUAAUUUAAUUUUUAAGAUAAAUUA